ACGUAUAUACACAGGAUUGGAAGCCUUAGGCGAUGUGCGCCGCGUAAGCUGACCGUGUUCAUUGAUAGCGAGUGAUAACGUUCCCCGGCCGCGACUCGCGAUUGGUUAACCUUUGACCAUCUUGCGCUUGCGCAUUGCUUUCCGUAGUUACCAAAACAUCCGGAUAACGCAGCUGUCAGAAAUUUUCUCGACGCGAUACGUCAUGUGUAUGUGCAUGUCACAUGUUCUAUACUUGCAGUGAUGAUUUACUCAUCUAUGUGAUAUACCAACUGCGAUCGCUAUAUAUCUACCCAAAUACAAACAAACACGAUGUCAGAUUAUCUGUAUUGGGACGAAUCCGAUGUCGAUUUAUCGGCAAUGUUGGGUGAAUGGACAGAGUACGAAUUAGACUUCAGUUCGGAUUCAUGGUCUGAGGACGAAGAUAACUCUACCGAACGACCAAAGCCCAAAACCAAGACAAAACACACUGACACACCUUCCGUAAAGAAGACAUGCUACCAGUGUCCUCUGUGCCCCAAACAGUAUUUGUCCGUGUCAGGGUUCAGGGGUCACGUCGUCAACAAACACAAACGAUACGAUGUAAUAGUCAGUCAGCACAAGGUGUCAGACACACAGAAAGCUGGUGAUAUUACUGCUGUACCUGUCUGUGACAAGGGUAUCACCAACACAUCAAGCAGCAUAACAACCUUUACUGACAACUCAUUUGCACAACUGCUUGAGUCUGCUGUCUCCGAAGUGUGCAACAACCCAAACCACAAUUCGAUCACAUCAAAAUCUGGAGGUAUCAUGGUUGAGAUUGGCAAAGCAGUGAUUUCUUCACCUGUCACAAUGCAACAUCUCGAAACAUUAAUCAAGCCACCAUUACUGGACACAUUGGCCGUUUUUUGGAAAGACAAGCUCUUUCUCAUCAGACAAGGAAUUAAUGUUUAG